AUGACGGAGCUGAGGGGCGAGCCCGCCCAUUCGAGCAUCUGGUCCAACUACGGCUCGACUCACCUUCCUAGCAGGCUCGGCAGCGCCAUGGACUCGCCCUUUCACGCCUCGUCGGCCGCCCGCCCCCGGAGCGGACACGGGAGCCUCGAUCAUCACCAGGCCUACCCCUACCGCGCAUACUCCCAGGACGAGCCCAGCCCCUACGACCGCCACCCGAGCUACUCGAGUCUCAAGCGCUCUUUUUCCCAGGCCGAGCCCCCUGCCUACCAGGAGAUUGUCCAGGAUCUUCGCGAGGACGGCUCGCGCCUCACCGUCAACCAGGACCACAAGCUGCUGGCCUUUCGCCGCGCCCAAGACAAGUCGACCGUCGUCGACCAGCACGGCCGCGUCCAGCAGCUCGAGCUCUCGGCCCAGCUCCACGGCAUGUUCUUCCUCUCCGAGAUGCCCUCCAACGCCAGCGACGGCUCCGUCAUCCAGCCCGAGUUGACGUGCUAUCGCCGCAACCUCUUCCAGAUCAGCGGCUCCCUCGUCAUGCCCCGCGGACAGCUUUCCGUCGUAAACGACGCAAACGAGACGGUCCCCGUCUCCAACAUGGAGGUGGCCAUUUCCGCCAUCGAGUCCGUCGACGGCAACUCGAUCCGCCUCAUCGUCAUCCCCUGGAAGACGCCCCCGCCAAACUCUCCCGAGAUCAACCAAGCGGCCGACCAGGAGCCCCCCACGCUACCCCUAAUCCCCUUCCAGGACGACGGCGCAGACGCCGAUGGCGAACUCGCCGUCUACCCCAUCGGCUGGCGGCGCCUGCAGUUCAGAGUAGCCACGGCAAACAACGGCCGGAGAAAAGAGCUCCAGCAGCACUUUGUCCUGCAUCUCAAGGUGCUGGGCACCCUAGCCGACGGCUCUAAGGUGGUCCUCUCCGAGUCCACGACGGCCCCCAUCGUCGUGCGAGGCCGCAGCCCCCGCAACUUCCAAGCCCGCAAGGAGAUUCCCCUGCUGGGAUCCAGCGCCGGCUCCAGGGGCCAGGCCUUGGUAGAGACGGGCUUGGGCGUCGUCGCCAGUGCGCUGAGCUUGCGGCAAGACACCAAGCCAAGGAGCAUGGACAUGCAGGUCCCUCGCUCAUCCUUUACCUUUAGCCCGCCAAAGCCCCAGGGCAACACGCUGAACUCCCUCCGAUCAAACUCCUACCCAUCGUGGAACUCGCAGGUUUCCGCGUCCAGCCCAGGCGCGUAUCCGUCGACGUCCAUGGCGGCCGACUCUUACCCCAAGCUGCCCUUGUCCGCCGCAUCCGGCUACACCACUGAGCCGCAGGAGAUGCCGCUCCACACAUCCAUAGCCCCUUCGAUCCCGCUGCCGCUGCCGGCCAACGACCAGUCUCAACCGUCUCUACGCUCCCAAUACUCCUACACUACCUCGGCCCCCCAGCUACCCGGCAGCAGCGUCGCCAUUGGCAGCGCGGAUAGCGCCUUUAGCAUGCCUCGCUACGUCGACAGCAACCCCCGGCCGUCCAAGAGCCCGCGGCAGUCGGGCCAUCAGUCCGUGCACAGCUCGGGCUCCAUCACCAACACGGACUCGUCGUCGGACUACCGGUACGGGUCGUACCGGGGCGCCAACAGCGGCGGCAGCGAUGCGUCGCAGCCGCAGACGUAUCCUCCCCCGAGCUCCUGGACGACCACGUCUUCCGAGCAGACCUCCAGCCUGGCGUAUGCGGCCCACGACGGGCGGUCUUACUCCUUCUCGCACGAGCCUUACAAGAGCGGAUCAUUGGCGAUACCGCCUCUCAAGCACGAGCCGGCGUCUUCCAGUGUCUACAGCGGAGGCUCGCGAGGCUCCUUUGACACCAUGAACAACUAUUCCUGGAGCGCAGCCUAA